CAUGUCGUUUCAUAUCUGCUGGGCUUCAGUGGGUUAGGAGGACCCGGGUGAGAGCAGCCAGAGAGCUGGAGCUAGGGCUGGGCUGGUGUGAAGUUUCUUCAGAGUUCUUAGAGUUAUUGAGAGUUCUUAGAUUUAUUGAGAGUUCUUAGAGUUAUUGAGAGUUCUUGAGUUCUAAGAGAGUUUUUGAGUUCUUAGAGAGUUCUUGAGUUCUUGAGUUCUAAGAGAGUUCUUGAGUUCUAAGAGAGUUCUUGAGUUCUAAGAGAGUUCUUGAGUUCUAAGAGAGUUCUUGAGUUCUUAGAGAGUUCUUGAGUUCUUAGAGUUCUUGAGUUCUAAGAGAGUUCUUGAGUUCUUAGAGAGUUCUUGAGUUCUUAGAGAGUUCUUGAGUUCUAAGAGAGAUCUUGAGUUCUAAGAGAGUUCUUGAGUUUUAAGAGAGUUCUUGAGUUCUAAGAGAGUUCUUGAGUUCUUCUUUACUAGUAGUUGGGUGUUGAGUUACUCUUGUGCUCCUCUUGAAGUUUCAACUGGUUGCUCUUCAACUCAGGGCCCACAAAGCUUGGAUUGAGAAGACGUUUCAGAAAAGAGAGUGUAUCCAAAUAUUUCCCAGCAAAGAACCAAACAGGUGCAGUUGUGGUCAGGUAGUGAACCAGCAUGUGGCCAUCAUCCCGGGGGCGACCACUAGGGCAGCGGAAGAGGCAGGUCAGAUCGGUCAGGGGGCGGUGCCCAUGGAACGCUGGUCCGUGCUUAAACACACACAGGCCACGCCCACAGACACAUACGGCAUCAUGGAGUUUCAGGGAGGAGGACAUGUCAACAAGGCCAUGUACAUCCGUGUGGCGUACGAUUCCAAACCAGACAACAUGCUCCACCUGAUGGUGAAAGACUGGCAGCUGGAGCUCCCCACCCUGCUCAUCUCCGUCCACGGGGGACUGCAGAACUUUGACUUGCAGCCCAAACUAAAACAGGUGUUUGGAAAGGGUCUGAUCCAGGCUGCGGUCACCACCGGAGCCUGGAUACUCACUGGUGGAGUCAGCACUGGGGUGAUCCGGCAUGUAGGAGAUGCGUUGAAGGACCACUCCUCAAAGUCCAGGGGGAAAGUAUGUGCCAUCGGGAUCGCUCCAUGGGGCAUCGUGGAGAACAAGGAGGAUCUGAUAGGAAGAGACGUGACACGUCCGUACCAGGCCAUGUCCAACCCCAUGUCCAAGCUGUCUGUCCUCAACAACAGCCACUCCCACUUCAUCCUAGCAGAUAACGGGACCCACGGAAAGUACGGCGCAGAGGUCCGUCUUCGCCGUCAGCUGGAGAAACACAUCUCCCUGCAGAAGAUCAACACACGUCUGGGUCAGGGGGUGCCUCUGGUCUGUCUGAUCCUGGAGGGGGGUCCCAACGUCAUCUCCAUAGUCCUGGAGAGCCUGAGGGAGGACCCCCCUGUCCCGGUGGUGGUCUGUGACGGCAGUGGACGGGCCUCUGACAUCAUCUCCUUCGCACACAGAUACUCUGAGGACGACGGCUUGGUCAGUGAUAGCGUGAAGGACCAGCUCCUGGUCACCAUCCAGAAGACGUUUAACUACAACCGUGGUCAGGCCCAGCAGAUCUUCCUCAUGGUGUUGGAAUGUAUGAAGAAACGAUCUCUGAUCACUGUGUUUCGUAUGGGCUCAGAGGGCCAGCAGGAUAUCGAGAUGUCCAUACUGACAGCCUUGCUCAAAGGCACCAAUGCCUCUGCCCCUGACCAGCUGAGUCUAGCCCUGGCCUGGAACAGAGUGGACAUCGCUAGGAGCCAGAUCUUCGUCUACGGUCACCACUGGCCCAUGAGUGGCAACGCGGCCAACACCACGGCAUCCCAGGAGAAGACCAAGAGCCCGGUCCCAGCCCGCGGUGGAGGUGGUGGGGCAGGGAAGGGCAAGGCCAGGGUCAAGAAGGGCAAAGGAGGCAAGGCCAAACCUGAACCUCCGGAAGAGACGGACCCCAGGAAGCUGGAGCUACGCAACUGGGUGAACUCUCUGGAGCAGGCCAUGAUGGAUGCCCUGGUGCUGGACAGGGUGGACUUCGUCAAGCUGCUGAUAGAAAACGGUGUCAACAUCCACCACUUCCUCACCAUCCCCCGUCUGGAGGAACUCUACAACACGAGGCUGGGCCCAACGAAUACACUGCACUUUGUAGUUAGAGACGUUAAAAAGGGAAAUCUUCCACCGGAUUACCAGAUCACCUUGAUCGAUAUCGGAUUGGUCCUGGAGUUCCUGAUGGGCGGGGCUUAUCGCUGUAACUACACCAGGAAACAGUUCCGCACCCUCUACAACAACCUUUACGGUUUAAAAAGACCGAAAGCUUUAAAAAUGUUAGGACUGGAGGACGACGAGCCUGGAGGAAAAGGCAAGAGGAAGAAGAAGAAGAAGAAAGAGGAAGAGAUCGACAUCGAUGUGGACGACCCGGAGGUCAGCCGCUUCCAGUACCCGUUCCAUGAGCUGAUGGUGUGGGCCGUUCUCAUGAAGCGUCAGAAGAUGGCUCUGUUCCUGUGGAAGAGGGGGGAAGAGGCCAUGGCCAAAGCUCUGGUGGCCUGUAAGCUGUACAAGGCCAUGGCCCACGAGUCGUCUCAGAGUGAACUGGUGGACGACAUCUUCCAGGACCUGGAAAACAAUUCCAAAGAGUUUGGCCAGCUGGCCUACGAGCUCCUAGACCAGUCCUAUAAGCACGAUGAGCAGGUGGCCAUGAAACUACUGACCUAUCAGCUAAAGAACUGGAGCGACUCUACCUGCCUGAAACUGGCUGUAGCCGCCAAGCACAGAGACUUCAUCGCCCACACCUGCAGUCAGAUGCUGCUCACUGAUAUGUGGAUGGGAUGUCUGAGAAUGGGCAAGAGGAACGGGUUCAAGGUGAUAUUUGGCAUCAUUUUCCCACCUUCGAUUCUCCUCAUGGAUUUUCGACUCGGGGAGGAAGUGACAUGUCAAGCCCCAGCGGAGAACGAAGAAGAAGCGAAGGACAAAGACGAUGACAAUAAAUCCAGCAAGGAAGUGAAUGCUGAUGGGGUGUCCAGAAAGGGGGAUGAAGAAGAAAGUGCCGUAAAAAAGAGAAGAGUUCCAAUCGGAAAGAAGAUCUAUGAAUUCUACAACACUCCUUUCACCAAAUUCUGGUUCAACACGAUCUCCUACCUUGCCUACCUGUGUUUGUACAACUACAUCAUCCUGGUCAAGAUGGAACGCUGGCCGUCCCUGCAGGAGUGGAUCGUCAUCUCUUACAUCAUCACUCUGGGAAUGGAGAAAGUCAGACAGAUCCUGAUGUCAGAGCCGGGGAAGCUGAAGCAGAAGAUCAACGUUUGGGCCGAAGAGUACUGGAACAUCACAGACGCGGCGGCCAUCUUUACCUUCCUCCUGGGCCUGAUGCUGAGGCUGCAGAGCGAGCCCCUGUUGGGCAUCGGACGGGUCAUCUACUGCGUGGACAUUAUCUUCUGGUACAUCAGGGUGCUCGACAUCUUCGGGGUCAACAAGUACCUGGGCCCCUACGUCAUGAUGAUCGGGAAAAUGAUGAUUGACAUGUUGUACUUCGUGGUGAUCAUGCUGGUGGUGUUGAUGAGUUUCGGCGUGGCGCGGCAGGCCAUCCUGCACCCUGAUGAGAUCCCAACAUGGCGUCUGGCCAGGAACAUCUUCUACAUGCCUUACUGGAUGAUCUAUGGGGAAGUGUUCGCUGACUCCAUAGACCUCUAUGCAAUGGAAAUCAAUCCACCAUGUGGUGAUAACAUGUACGAUGAGGAUGGGAAGAAGCUACCUCCUUGUAUCCCCGGAGCCUGGCUCACUCCAGCCAUCAUGGCCUGCUACCUGCUGGUGGCCAACAUCCUCCUGGUCAACUUACUCAUCGCUGUCUUCAACAACACCUUCUUAGAGGUCAAGUCCGUCUCCAACCAGAUCUGGAAGUUCCAGCGUUACCAGCUGAUCAUGAAGUUCCACGACCGGCCCCUCCUCCCUCCGCCCCUCAUCAUCUUCAGCCACAUCCAUAUCGUUCUGAAACACGUCUGUCGUCGCUGCAAGAGGAGAACAGAGGGAGAGCAGGACGACAGGGACAACAAAGGACUACAGCUGCUGCUGAACGCCGAGGAGCUGAAGGCUCUGUAUGACUUCGAGGAGCAGUGUGUGGAGGAGUAUUUCAGAGAGAAGGAGGACGAGGAGCAGUCGUCUAGCAACGAACGCAUCCGGGUCACAUCGGAGAGGGUGGAGAACAUGUCGAUGCGUCUGGAGGAGGUGAACGAGAGGGAGCACUCCAUGAAGGCUUCCCUGCAGACGGUGGACCUGCGACUGGGUCAGCUGGAGGAGUUCUCUGGACGUAUGAUGAACGCCCUGGAGAAGCUGGCCGGGGUGGACCACAACGACCUGGUCAGAACCCAGUCGGGGGUCUCCUCAGUCUGCGACACGUCCUCUCUGCUCCGUCACAGCUCCAUCAACAGCUCUGACGGCUACAGUCUGUACCGGUACCACCUGGAGAUGGGAGAUGACACCCGCUCUGAGGCUGGGGACAUCAGGAGCCCUGAGAGGAAGGGGAGCCAGAGGAAGGUGGUUGAGAGGAAACGGAGUAUGAGAGAAACCACGACCGGCAUCACGGCCUCUGUGAAGGAGUACGGAGCCACGUUAGACGUGGUGGGCCCCAGAGAGAGGAAUCAUUCCAGCUCCAGUGUCUCUGUCUGCGAAGGGGCGAAGGAAACCCCAACCCAGAGGCCUGAGGUUCCUACAGAGCCUUUUCCACUGCCCUGCAGCCCUGCAGCCUCGAUGGACGCAGCCCUGGAGAAGGCAGGAGUGACCACGGAGAAGAUCAAGCUAGAAGCAACCAUCUCAUACCCUCUGGAGAGGGUCAGGUCCCUGCAGUACCAGUCACCCGAGACCCACAGUGACUGUCUCACCUCCAGGCCCAGAUCCAGGAGCACUAUGGUGUACAACCCAGCCGAUGGGGGAGAUGAGGGGGCUACUUGGGCCACAGACGUCAACAACCUCACAGGGGAUCAGGAAACGGUUACCUCCAGAUCUCCGACUAUUGGUCACUGGGCAGCGCGCUUCGAGUACAAAGUCCACCCCUGCCCGUUCGGCCACAUGCCCAAAGUCUCCAUGGAGAAGCUAGUCCCCACCACCACAGACACAAAGGACGAGGCAGAGGCCAAAGAGACAACGACAGACAGUGAACCACAGGAGCCAGGGAAGAGUCAGUCAGAGAGCAACCAAGAUGGAGGUGAGGAGAAACAGGAAGCGGAGGCUAAAGAUACUGGUGGAGGCCUUCUGCUUGUGGCAGAGGACAGGAUGUAUCCAUCACUGAGGUCUAAGAGCCUGAACACCAACCCCAGGAAAGUGAAGGCCAGAGGGGACUGGGCACAGAGAACCAAGUCAGACAGCAGUGUUAAAGACCUAACAGCUAUGUUAGGAGGGACUGGGGAGACAGAGACAGAGGUAGAGACAGAGGUAGAGACUGACAGACAGUAUUAAAGACCUAACAGCUAUGUUAGGAGGGACUGGGGAGACAGAGACAGAGGUAGAGAUAGAGACUGACAGACAGUAUUUAAGACCUAACAGCUAUGUUAGGAGUGACUGGGGAGACAGAGACAGAGGUAGAGACAGAGACAGAGGUAGAGACAGAGGUAGAGACUGACAGACAGUAUUAAAGACCUAACAGCUAUGUUAGGAGGGACUGGGGAGACAGAGACAGAGGUAGAGACUGACAGACAGUAUUAAAGACCUAACAGCUAUGUUAGGAGGGACUGGGGAGACAGAGACAGAGGUAGAGACAGAGACAGAGGUAGAGACAGAGGUAGAGACUGACAGACAGUAUUAAAGACCUAACAGCUAUGUUAGGAGGGACUGGGGAGACAGAGACAGAGGUAGAGACAGAGACAGAGGUAGAGACUGACAGACAGUAUUAAAGACCUAACAGCUAUGUUAGGAGGGACUGGGGAGACAGAGACAGAGAUAGAGACUGACAGACAGUAUUAAAGACCUAACAGCUAUGUUAGGAGGGACUGGGGAGACAGAGACAGAGGUAGAGACAGAGACAGAGGUAGAGACAGAGGUAGAGACUGACAGACAGUAUUAAAGACCUAACAGCUAUGUUAGGAGGGACUGGGGAGACAGAGACAGAGGUAGAGACAGACAGACAGUAUUAAAGACCUAACAGCUAUGUUAGGAGGGACUGGGGAGACAGAGACAGAGGUAGAGACAGACAGACAGUAUUAAAGACCUAACAGCUAUGUUAGGAAGGACUGGGGAGACAGAGACAGAGGUAGAGACAGAGACAGAGGUAGAGACAGAGGUAGAGACUGACAGACAGUAUUAAAGACCUAACAGCUAUGUUAGGAGGGACUGGGGAGACAGAGGUAGAGACUGACAGAAAGACAAAAAGCCUCAAAGACAGAACACCUGUGAAUGACUUCUGAUGAUGUCUGACUGGUAUUACUCACUGUGGAAUGGAAUAAACUAGCCAAUGGUGUGUGGUAGAGCUGAGCAGCGCUGAACUACUGUCUGAGACCCAGGAAUGUUGCAUAUCUUGGUUUUUCCAAAUCAUUCCAGUUGAUGGGGACAGCUUUGAGCGAGCGAAUGGCGAAAGUGCGGUGAUUAUUGAGUUGUUGUUAAAUGUUUAUUUGUUGUUAAAUGUUUAUUUGUUUUUAAAUGUUUAUUGUAUUAGAUGUAUUUCAUGUUGAUUAAUCAGGCAAAUAACAUUGCAGAUACAGACAUCUUAUAAAGAUAAGGGAUAUUUGUAUUCAUCUCAAAUGGAAAUCAUUACACAAACAAGGUAAGAGACAAGGCAUAGUUUUUCCAAACAUUUGUUUGAUCCUUAAAAAUGGGUAAAAAGGGACAAUUAUAACGAUCUCUGUGUAACAGAUUGAAUAACGUUGUAUUCUGAAAUAAAUAAAAAAUUAAUUAUUUGAA